GGGGCAGAGCCCUCUUACCAUUAGCUACAACUCUAUGGUGCGAUAAGACUACCGAGUUUCCGACCAGACACACCAUGAGCGAAGCGGCGCGCUUGAAAUGUACCGUCUAUGUUGGGGGUCUCGACCAGGCGGUUACUGUGCAGACGCUGGCCGAGGCAUUCGUUCCCUUCGGCGAAGUUGUUGAUAUCACGCUCCCGAAGCCCGACGUUCCCAAUUCGAAUGAGCUCCAUCGCGGGUUUGGCUAUGUGGAAUUUGAUGUACCUGAAGAUGCAAAAGAAGCGAUCGACAACAUGGAUGGAAGCGAGCUCUACGGGCGUACGAUCAAGGUUGCUGCUGCAAAGCCACAGAAGGACAGCAAUGAAGGCCUAGGAAGCAAGACGGCGAUCUGGGAACAGGAGGGCUACUUGGCCAAAUACGCAGUCGACGAAGAGGAUAAGUUAGCGGCAGAGCAGGCUCAAGCAGCAGCCAACGAUCGUUCUCACGACCCCAUGCAAGGAUUGGAAGAGCUGGACGUCGCUGGUCCGAAGCCCGAAUAAGCUCUAGAAACUCGAAGGUCAUGAAACAGGAAGCCGUGCGACAGUAAUAUUGCAAUAUUACUCCAUCAGAACCCUCCGUUCAAGCCGUACUAUAUACACGCGCUCCAACCGAGUUUU